ACUUCAAAAUCUUUCUGAAAGCAAACUUCUCUCGUCUCUUUCCUUUCUCCUUUGAACACAUUUCCCUUAGCUACAAAGGACUAACCCUUUGACGUUUUAAAAAAAACAAGUACACGACAUAAAGUUCCAAAGAGCAGUCAAUGGACAAGAAAAAGUCAGUAUCUGGUUCCUCUUCAUCCUCCUCUUCUUCAUCUUUCGAUCAUCUUUUUGGUCCAAGAAACUCUUCCUCGUCUUCUUCAUCAACAACAGGAUUGUUCCAAUCCAUUUUCCCACCACCUGCAACGGGGGCUCAAGCAGACUUGGCAAAUCGAAAUGGAGCUGCCAAAUAUGAACAUCCGAAUUUUGGGAUUUCAUAUGAGAGAGGAGAAAUGAGGAAAAAUAAGGAGAAAAAGAAUUACCAAAAUGAAGAAACACAACCACCAUGCAACUUGAGUUCAUCCAUUUACUAUGGGGGCCAAGAAAACUAUCCUUCUUCAACACCACCACAAUCAACAAACAAUCCAGAUGCUAAAGAUGGAAGGGAAGGCGAUUCUGAAAGUGCAUCAAGAGGAAACUGGUGGGAAGGCUCGGUUUAUUACUAGUUAUCAAUUCUACCCGAUGCUGCACUCUAUAAACAAAGGAACCCUAAUCAGGUGAAUAUGGAAAUUGACGUGUUGAAAUACCUAACCGAGAAAAGAAUAUUCAUAUAUAUAAGAAGUAAUGUAAGAGUAUAUAUAUGUCUUAUUAUAAAAAAAGAGAUAAAAUAAUAUAUCGUAUAAUAUAUUAUACGAUGAAAUUAACGUCUAUUGACUUAUAUAAUAUCAAGGGAAUAGACUCGUUCUUGUUGAUUCUAUAUGUUUCGACGAAGGCAGCAUGUUAGACAAGUCUCUUUUUACUGAA